GGCAGUUUUAUACGACAUCGCAGCAGGGAUUACAAAGAUAGGUAGCAUUGCACAGUCAGCAGCAACUGGAAACAGGUACGACAUUGGCUCUGUCAAGGAUGGUCGGGUGUGGCGGGGCGUCCGCUUCCGCAUGCGCUGAAGAAGUCGUACUCGCAAGCUCCUCAAUGGGUCGCCGAUUAUCCAGGGCUAUGGCAUGGCCUGAGUCGACGUCGAUAAUCGCCGGCAGUUCCUGGGCCACGCCGUGUGAGGGUGCUGUUGGAGUGCUGUAUCCGAACAGCUCAGCCAUGGUCAUUGGCACUGACGGACAGGAAACUGGUGGGUUUGGUGAAGCUGUGUGUGAGUGGACCCCAUGUGAUGCAUGGGUACGUCAAUACUGCCACGUCACCAGUUGCCAGCGGCUUUUUGCGCACAGGCGACUAUGCACGCGUGAGCACCGAUGGCCAUGUGUUUUUGCGUGGACGAAUUGCCGACAUAGUGUAUACAGCAGAGGGAGCCGUGGUUCCUACCGAUGUGGAGAAUGCUCUGGCCGAACUGCUCGCUGGUCAGGGAUUGCGCUGUCAAGGGCGAGGGCCCGAAGGGUUUCGGCGAUGCCCGUCGCCUAUAUCGUGCCCAGGGAGGCUGCUGCUAGCGACAAUACGCUGCAGCAGAUAUCCCAGUGGGCCAAGACGCACACAGGAGUCGCCGUCGAGUGCAGAGCGGUCGAGGCUAUCCCGAAAAGCCCUGCAGGAAAGGUGCUCCGCUAUUUGCUGGGCCAGGCAAGUGCGCAGUAAAGCACCGCCAAGAGAGCUAGAGUUCGAGAACCAACUUCGCUGUCUUGGCUGUGCCGGUUGUGUGGCCAGAAAUAAGCACUUACUGCUGGCUGGAAGGCAGGGCCAGCAGCAGGGCUGCGUGCCUCCGCAUCCUCUCCAGGCGUCUAGCAGCUGCACGUUGCCUCUUCCCAGCCUCAUUGCCCGCCUUUUUGCUAGUA